GAACCCAUGCGCGCUUUCACACGGGGACUGCUGCGGAACGCCUCGCGGAGGCCUUCUUUUACCACCUCCGCAUCCCCCUCCACUCACCGACCCGGCACGCAGGUAGGCAAGCGGAGAGCGUACCAAGCGAAUGGUGUAGAGAAUGUGGCGGAGGCGCAGGUGAUCUUCUCCACGGCGUCUUCCGCGCACGCAAAUCAAAGUUCGACCACGUCAACACCAUCAGAGGCGGAGGACCUGCACCUCCAACGACGUCCGGUGCCGUCUCCGACGUCACACUUCCAGCUCUCCAAGCCGGUCGUGUUGGAAGACGUGCAGGACAGCUACUCCCUCUCUCCUACGCAGCAGCUGCACGGGCAGAAGCUCUGGACCGGCACGAAGGUGCUACGCAGCAACAGGCACCUCCGUCACAGCAACGCUGCGUGUGUCGUGGGCGGAGCGAACGCUAUUCGACGCGUCUGGCGCACCUACCGCAUAAAGCCGACCGUUGUGUAUGUGCCGAACACGGAGCCGGAGGUGCCGGCGUGGUGUCUGGAAGAGGACCUGCCCACCGUCAUUGUGCGCUGCUCCCCGGUAGCGGUGCGGCGGCAGCUGCUGAGCGCCGAGUACAGCGACGGCUUCGCGGCAGAGUUUCCGCUGCCGGUAAACACCGUGUCGGAUGCCACGUCCCUGCUGACGGCGGCGACGGUUAGCGAGAAGGCGCCGGAGACGGCCGCACAGACGGACCGCCCACUGCACAACCCUUUUGGUCACCACGCAGUGAAAGCGAUGCUGGUGUUGGUCGGGCUGCGCAUUCCGAGCAACGUCGGGGCUCUGCUGCGUGCGGCAACAGAAAUGGGCUACGACGCCGCUGUCUUGGUGAACUGCGCGGAUGUGACGCAGGAGAAGGUGCUGCGGGCCAGCGACGGAGCGGCGCUCAGCCCCGCACUGCGCAUCUACGCGACGGACACCACGGAGCAGGCGUGUGUGUCGCUGCUCAGCAGCAUCGCCGCUCAGCACCACCUCAUGCCGUUUCUGGCGGUGCCGUCGCAGGAGGUGGACCCUGCCUUCGAGGUGGCGAAGCGCUUCCACGUGUACAACAACAAUAACAGCAGCGAUCGAGCAGAAGCAGCGGGUGUGGGAAGCAGUCUUUCUGAUGCUGCGAUUGCUGGAUUGCAGGCACCCACACCGCCGCGCCUGGGUCCCAUGGUGGUCCUCGGUUCGGAGGCGCAAGGUCUACGCGAUCUGCACGGUACGUGGAGUGUGCCAUACCAGCUGGUGACGCUGCCGCUGCCAAACCCGAUGGUGGACUCCUACAACGUGAGCGUGGCGGGCUCGGUGCUGCUGCACCUGUUUCGACCAGCCGCGGCGGAGCACUUUGACAGACUCGUGGCGCUGUCCGGGGAGACGGUGGCGGACCUUCUGCCGGCUGCUGUGGAGACGGAGGAGGAAGGAGAGGAAGCUGAGGAAGACAUCGCGGAGGAGCCCGAGAGUCAUCAAGUGGGAUGA